AAAAAUUACAAUUUUAGUCUUUCUCAGUUUGUAUCAAAAUACAGUUCUUGCAAAAUAUCCUUUUUAUUGCAAAGACUAAUCUAUUUUAAAGCCUUAAGUAUCACAUUCUAGACAAGUUUUUCCUACUAAAUUGUUUUAAAAAACUCAAGUCUCAAUUUAAAAAAUUGGUAUCCCGCUGUCCAAUCAUGUGAAGCUCUUAAAACGUAAUAAUAGAUUAAUUUAGUGAACACAUGUAUGUAUGCAUCUGGUGUGGCAAAACUGCUUCAGCUUUGUAUAGAAGAUUUAACAAUGGAAUUACAAAGUUAUCCCAUUGUAUAACCUGUGGGAACAUCGUGGAUAUUUAUACAGAGUACGACAGUGUUUUGCUUUUGCUUGAUAUUUUACUCCACAAAUCAAGAGCAUUUAAGCAUGUCUUGUUCAAUCGUAAUUUAAAUAUUCAAAAACGAUUGUUUAUGCUAUAUCUGGUUUGUGAUACUUAUAUCAAGUUAGUUCAACUGCCAUACUCAAGAUCUUCGAGUUACAAGGAGAAUUGUUACAACUGGCAUGCUGUUUUAGAGAGAGAUUUUUUGUGGGUGUUUGCUCUCACACUGUCUGAAUAUUUCAUCCAUUUUUCUGUUAUCUACAUACUGGUCACGUUUCUUUGCUACUACCGCUGCUCUAUUAGAAUAAGUUUGUUCAAGGUUAUCAAGAUGCUCCUACUAUCAAGUUAUGGAAAACUGUUUAAUAUGGCAGCCGCAGUGUGGGGCGCAAAUGAGCUGUUGUUAUCAAUUUGGCUUACAAAUAUUUUCGUCAUUACAUCGAAUGCACAAGCGUUAAACGUAACAUUUGAGAUAUCCUGGAGACGUUCACUUAUAAUUGUGUUGACAGCUUUUAUAGUGACAAAAGUGAUCAGUGGAAGUGUGCAAAUCUGGUGCUAAUUAAUUUCUGGGAAAAAUAGACGCCUCGGGUAGUAAUGCAGACUUACUAAAGACAUUGAAAGAAACACAACAACGACAGACCGAUCUAGGGGAUAACACAGCAACCAUUGCCAAAAUGCCGGAAUUCGAAUCAAAGCGAGAUGAAAUUAUGUGGAAAC